AGAGGCGCCACCGUGCUCUUACUGCAUUAUUGUUUUUUUUUAUCAACUCGUCAAAAAUUACGCUAUCCCCAAAAAACCGCAAAAGCGCGAGUGUUUAUGUUUUACGUUCCCAAGUGCAUAUCAUGGAUUAGUAGUAUUAGUAGCCCCGCCAUCGCCCUGCAGUCCAAUAACACGCGAUAUUCCCCCACCCACGCACGUAGAUUUUUGUUUUCGACCCCUGACUGCGUCCGUGGAUUUUCCCCAAAAAGAAAAAAGAAGAGCAUCGACACCUCUAUCGAUUUGACCGGCUGCAAACUGAAUCCCCCAGGAUACGGAUAAUGGAGGUAUCCGCCGAUCCGUACGAGCAGAAGCUCUACCAAAUGUUCCGCAGCUGUGAGACGCAAUGCGGCCUGCUGGACGAGAAGUCCCUGCUGAAACUCUGCUCCCUGCUGGAACUCCGUGAUCAAGGAUCCGCCCUGAUCGCCAGUCUGGGCGGCAGCCACCAACUGGGCGUGUCCUUCGGCCAGUUCAAGGAGGCCCUGCUCAACUUCCUCGGCUCGGAGUUCGAUGGCACGACGUCAUCGGGAUUUAUGGAGCGUUCGCUGGUGAUCACGGAUGAGCCCUUGGCCAGCACAUAUAUUGAGAGUCCGCCGGAGUCCUCCGAUCGUGAAGUGUCACCCAAACUCAUUGUGGGCUCCAAGAAAUACGGACGCCGGUCCAGGCCGCACCAGGGAAUCUACGAGUUGUCCGUCACGGACUCGGACAACACGGAUGAGGAUCAGCUGCAGCAGCAGCAGAAGCAGCGGAGUCUCAACGGCUGCGAUGAGCUGGGAGUUCAGGUUCAGCGUUCGUCGUCUCAGAGCGAUCUUCCUGGCAGUCGGCGUAUGCGAUCCGUCCACACCAGCGGGAGCAAACUGAAGAGGUGCGCUUCGCUGCCGGCGCGAAGGAUUCUUCACUCCAAGAUGCACAACACCUCCACGGGAGCGGCUACGUCGCCGACUGCCGCCUCCAAGCUAAAGCAGCUGUCCAUCCAGAGCCAGACGCAGCACAACAGCAGCGUGGAAUCCCUGGGCCAUCACCUGGCCGCCAAUUCCGCACCGUCGUCCGAGCACCGGAGAUGCUACAACGGCGGCCGUUGGUCAUGUUGCAAAGACACCGUGACGCCCCAGCAGCUGGAGACGAUCUCUGUGCACAGCAUCAUCGAAGCCUGGGAGCUGGCCAGCAUUCCCAGCAGUCGCACCCUGCUCCAUAUCCUCGGAUUCGACGAGGAGGAGGAGGUGAACCUGCAGCAGCUCACCAAGGCGCUGGAGGAGGAGUUGCGUGGUCUCGAAGGAGAUCAGGAACAGUCGAAUAUGCUGCGUGCUUUGGCUGCGCUGCAGGCCACCGAACUGGGUAACUACCGCCUAGCCUAUCGGCAGCAGCACGAGGAGAACCUCAAGCUGAGGGCCGACAACAAGGCGGCGAACCAAAGGGUGACUUUGCUGGCCGUGGAAGUGGAUGAGCGGCAUGCCUCGCUGGAGGACAGCUCGAAGAAGCAGGUGCAGCAGCUGGAGCAACGGCACGCCAGCAUGGUGAGGGAAAUCACCCUGCGGAUGAGCAACGAUCGCGAUCACUGGACCACAAUGACGGGCAAACUCGAGGCACAGCUAAAAUCCUUAGAGCAGGAGGAGAUCCGCCUUAAAACAGAACUCGAGCUGGUGCGCACAGAGAACUCCGAGUUGGAGACGGAACAGCAGAAGGCGCACAUCCAACUCACAGAACUUCUCGAGCAGAACAUAAAGCUCAACCAGGAACUGGCCCAAAGGUCGAGUAGCAUCGGUGGUACUCCGGAGCACAGUCCACUGCGGCCGAGAAGGCACAGCGAGGACAAGGAGGAGGAAAUGCUGCAGCUGAUGGAAAAACUGGCCGCCCUGCAAAUGGAGAACGCCCAGCUGCGUGACAAGACUGACGAACUGACCAUCGAAAUCGAGAGCUUAAACGUCGAGCUGAUCCGUUCGAAAACCAAGGGCAAGAAGCAGGAAAAGCAGGAGAAACAGGAGGAACAGGAGGCGGCUGCCACGGCCACCAAAAGGCGGGGCGAUUCGCCCAGCAAAACACAUCUCACAGAGGAGAGCCCGCGUCUGGGAAAGCAGCGCAAGUGCACCGAGGGCGAGCAGAGUGAUGCCAGCAAUAGCGGCGAUUGGUUGGCUCUGAACUCGGAGCUCCAAAGAAGCCAAAGCCAGGAUGAGGAGUUAAGCAACCUCAAGCAGCGGGUGGCGGAAUUGGAGAAGGAACUCAAGGAAGCCAAGGAGGGCAGAUCUCUCACUCCGGAAAGCCGCUCCAAAGAGCUGGAGGCCAGUCUGGAACAAAUGCAGCGCGCCUACGAAGAUUGCGAGGAUUACUGGCAAUCGAAACUCAGCGACGAGCGGCAAAUGUUCGAGAAGGAGCGCCAAAUCUACGAGGAUGAGCAGCACGAGAGCGACAAGAAGUUCACCGAGCUGAUGGAGAAGGUGCGCGAGUACGAGGAGCAGUUCAGCAAGGAUGGCCGCCUGUCGCCCAUUGAUGAGCGAGAUAUGCUGGAACAGCAGUACACCGAACUAGAGGCAGAGGCGGCCCAACUGCGCUCGAGUUCCAUUCAAAUGCUCGAGGAGAAGGCUCAGGAAAUUGGUUCGCUGCAAUCAGAGAUCGAGGACCUGCGUCAAAGAUUGGGUGAGAGUGUGGAGAUUCUCACGGGCGCAUGCGAACUCACCUCCGAAUCGGUGGCCCAGUUGAGUGCCGAGGCGGGCAAGAGUCCUGCCAGCUCGCCCAUCAGCUACCUCUGGCUGCAGAGCACCAUCCAGGAGCCAGCGAAAUCCUUCGCUGACACCAGAGAUGAGGCCACCGCCAGUGCCAUCGAACUGCUGGGAGGCUCACCAUCGCACAAGACAGCCAGCCGCAAUAACCUCACCACUUCGGAGACUUCCAUCUUCAGCACCACACCAUUCGACAGCUCUCCUUCGGGCCCUUCGCCCACUAAUAGUGGCACCACAAAUGCGCCCUCCGGUCCGGCUCCCAUCGGCAAACCCAAGCGGGCCCAAAGUCCCCAGCAGGUUCCAUCGGAGGGGGAGAUCGCCGACUGUGAGACCUCGUCGACGGCAUCCAACAAGAGCUUCGAAUCCACCAGUAAAACGUCUUGCCUUAGCCACGAGAAGUGCAGCAGUCCUUCGGCACUCAAGGAGGAAUUAAAGCGUCUCAAGUUCUUCGAGCUGUCCCUCAAGGAGCAGAUCAAGGACUUGAGUCUGCAAAGGGACGGUUUGGUUAUGGAACUGCACCAGUUGCAGGAGGCGCGACCCGUUCUCGAGAAAGCCUAUGCGCGAACGACGCACCCAACGCUUCAGCAGCGACUGAACCAAUUGGAGCUGCGGAAUCGCCAUCUGCAGAAUGUCAUCAAGCAGCAGCAGCAAUACACCGAGUCCCUGAUGCAGCAAUCCUGGCGUCAGCAUCAAGUGGAGCUCAACGAUCUGCAUAGCCGAAUCGAAACCCAGGGGGCUAUGCUGGCCGAUCAGACACAGCGUCUGCAGAAUGCCGACAUCCUGGUGAAGGACCUGUACGUGGAGAACUCUCAUCUGACCGCCACAGUGCAGCGGCUGGAGCAGCAGCGGGCGCGGGUGAACCUGAUUCACCAGCAGCAGCAGCAACAGCAGCGACUUGUGGGCGGCGGACUGCCCGGCAUGCCUUAGUUUGCCCCCGCCGGCAAACGGAUAUAGUUUAUAGUUGAAAAAAAAGACAACCUGAGGGGGUGCUCAGCAUCAGCAGACAUCGAACAUGCACCAAUAUAUCGUUAUGAAUGUUUAGACCAUAUACAACACUCGGUAGAUUAAGUUUGCAUACUCGUCGUUUUUGUGAAUGAAUGUGAAUCCAUGUUGUUCGACACGAGAGCACCGCAGCAAUAACUAAUGUGACUUUGAGCCUAACGUUAACGUUAACUUUAACUUAAACUCACCCACGCGCAAAAAAGGAACAAUCCACACUAGUGUACCAAUUUGUAACACAAUUAACUAGUAAUCGACUAACUUAUAUACGAACGGAGAAACUAUUUACAAAAACCAGGCAUAUUCGAUUGAACAUAUGCGCAUAAAGUCCCCAUAUAUAUAUAUAUAGAUAUAUAUGUUCGUUCGUGUCUAACUGCAAUGUUGACCUUACUAAUUGACUACUGAAACAGUUAUCGUAUAUUAAUUAUAUUAGAAGAAACAGUAUUUUAAAUUUGUUAUGCGUCUGAGUAGGCGAGCACGUUUAUCAAUGUUUAUCACGUGCCCAAUCAAAUGCAUCGGAAUUGUUGUUAAUUUUAUUGGUAGAAGAAAUUAAAAUGAACGAAAAAAAUGAUCUAUGAUAUUGAUAUAUUAUGUAACGACAAAAGACCUGUAAAGCUGUAACCAUACACACGUAUAUAUGUAUUUAGAUUGCGAUUUAAGUUAGCCAAUACUCUACAAUUGCUUUUGCGACCGCGACAUUUUGUUAAACCUUUUUUCGUCCCAAUAACUCACUCGAUUUAUAUGUAAAGAAACACCUUAAUUUAAUUUACUUGCCACACGAUUCACAUUGCUAUGUGGUAUUCUGUGCUUCAAUCAAUACUUUCGAUCAAAAUAGAAAUUUACUUUUUAAAAGUAUCAACAAAAAAUAAUACAACAAAAAAACCAAAAAUACAAUUAUUUAAAAAACCAAC